AUGACCAUCGAAAUCCUCAUCCCCACUGUGAUCCCCCCAAGCAGCGAUGACAACUCCGACGAGAUUGAGGACUACCACCCGGUCGACUUCACCAUUGACGAUGUCCCCAACGAAAUCCAGGGCAUCUGUCUGGUUGGCUUGCUGCAUGUUGAGAUCCUCAGGGCUGGGGAGAUGAUGUCAACGGGCGACGAGGUCCAGGACCGUGCCAACGCCCUAAAAAUCAAAAAUCAUGUGGCGUACUGGGCCUACAUUCACCCGGCAGAUGCCACCAACGAGCGGAGUACGAUUAGGCUUUCUAUGAACGUCAUGAACCCCAAUGCGAGUUUUGGCUCGACCGACGCUCGAUAUGCGCCUAGUGACCAUUCUAGCUUUUCUAGUUUUAGCUCCACCUUCUCCACCUCAGGAAAGCCAACCUCCCCCGGCUCUGCACCUCCCAGCAUCCCUUCUGGCAACAGCUCCAGCGUCCCCGGUGGGAGCAGUAGUUCUAGGGAUGCAGCCUCUGUCUUCAGCAGCUCCCAGCUCAUCACCAUGCUCCCCGAUGGUGUUCCAGCAAAGGGGAGAUUUGACAUUAAAAUCCACGACUACUCUGGCAAGUCUAACUCUGCUGUGACAUCCUUCUGCCUCCGCAUCAUUGGGGAGCCCACACUUGGACAAUUUCUCAAUUCACUUCGUGUUCGCCACAUGUUACCAUUCUACUUCCCCAAGAAGGGUUUCUCCUACCUCAGCUGUCGCCACUUUGCCUCUGAAGCCGUUGAGGCCUGGAAGCAGGAUGAGUACAUCAUGGACCAUUGCAUGAUAACAGGGAGCUUCUUCUGUGACCUCAUUGGUGUCCGCUAUACCCCUCUUAGGGGUCUUCCUAUCAGUCCGAUGGCCAGCAGUGAGGAGGGAGGCAGCGAGGAUGAAAGCAGUGAGAAGGUUCUCAGUGGCAUGAGGAAGACACCAAACCCGAUUGACAAGGGCAUCUUCCCCUCUGAAUUCCAGUCCCUCACUGCCGGGUACCCCUUUACCCUCUAG